CUCCCUCCCACCCCUUCUCUCGUCCUCUCUCCAAGGGACACAAAUGCUCGUAACACCCGCAGGUUAGCAAGCAGGCUGCCAGCAAGCGAGAAGGACACGAGAGGAAAACGGUUAUUGUCAACCCCAGAUAUUAUCCAUCUAAACUAACGGAAACUGCACAACACGAUAUCCCCUCAACCUCUACCGGCCAGCGCUUCAGCCACAAGCAGACUGACCGACUGAUAGAAACAAAUACAGUUUGAAAAACGAACAAAGGGCUGACAAGCAACGUGUCUCCAUUAAUAGACUAGAGAAAGAAACGCACAACAGAUGUCCUGACUGGCUCAAACCUUCAGACAGACGGGCAGUUGUAUUGUGGAACACGGCAACACAGAGAAAUCAAAUGGCUGACAAACAGAUCAGUUUGCCUGCCAAGUUGAUAAACGGUGGGAUAGCAGGACUGAUUGGUGUGAGCUGUGUGUUUCCCAUUGACUUGGCCAAGACCCGCCUGCAGAACCAGCAAAAUGGAUCACGCCUCUACACCAGCAUGUCUGACUGUCUUAUCAAGACCAUCCGCUCAGAGGGAUACUUCGGGAUGUACAGAGGGUCUGCGGUGAACCUAACCCUGGUCACGCCAGAGAAAGCCAUCAAGCUAGCAGCAAAUGACUUCUUCAGACAAUACCUCUCCAAGGAUGGUCAGAAGCUCACCCUGGUCAAGGAGAUGCUGGCGGGGUGUGGGGCAGGUACAUGUCAGGUUAUCGUGACGACUCCUAUGGAGAUGUUGAAGAUUCAGCUUCAAGAUGCUGGGAGAAUUGAGGCCCAGAGGAAGCUGAUGCCAGAGACGAUAGUACCAGGGACCGUGCCGACAAAGUCCCCCACCGCCAUGCAGCUGACCAGGGAACUACUGAAAGAGAAGGGCAUCGCUGGGCUGUACAAGGGCCUAGGGGCCACACUGCUCAGGGAUGUUCCAUUCUCCAUCAUCUACUUCCCUCUGUUUGCCAACCUGAACACCCUGGGGAAGAGAGGAGCGGAGGGCCCCGCCCCUUUCUACGUCUCAUUCCUGGCAGGCUGUCUGGCUGGCAGCACGGCCGCCGUGGCUGUCAACCCUGUAGAUGUGAUUAAGACCAGGAUCCAGUCUAUGAACAGGGGGAGUACAGAGGAAACCUACAGUGGGGUGACUGAUUGUAUCAGUAAAAUAAUGAAGAAUGAGGGUCCUUCAGCGUUCCUGAAGGGAGCGUACUGCCGUGCCCUGGUCAUCGCGCCCUUAUUUGGUAUCGCCCAGGUGGUCUACUUCUUUGGCGCGGGAGAAUACAUCCUCAGCUUCCUGCCUGGCAACUAAGUGACAAGAACGUCAACCAUUCAGAUCUCUGCCUUUCCCUCCUCCCUUACAAAAUCACAACUACAUCAUCACCUCUAGGAUCCAGUCACCUCUAGGAUCCAGUCACCUCUAGGAUCCAGUCACCGAUAGGAUCCAGUCCCCACUAGGAUCCAGUCACCUCUAGGAUCCAGUCACCUCUAGGAUCCAGUCACCUCUAGGAUCCAGUCCCCACUAGGAUCCAGUCCCCACUAGGAUCCAGUCCCCACUAGGAUCCAGUCCCCUCUAGCAUCCAGUCCCCUCUAGGAUCCAGUCACCUCUAGGAUCCAGGCCCCACUAGGAUCCAGUCACCUCUAGGAUCCAGUCACCUCUAGGAUCCAGUCACCUCUAGCAUCCAGUCACCUCUAGGAUCCAGUCCCCACAAUGUUUGCCUACAUUCAUGUGACCCAACUCUCUGUCUCUCUUUCCCUCACAACUACAUCGAUAGGAUCCAGGAGAUCACCUGUCAUCACGAAAAUAAGGUUUUGAUCACAUCCACCAAUUUGGGGUUUCUUUAUUUGACCCUCUAGAGGUGAACAAGUUGCGUGUCGCCUCUUUCAGUGUCCCUGUCGUGUUGAAUGUAAUGUUAUGGUUGUGAGCACACUAACAGGAACAGUAGGACGUUGAUCGCCAAACUGUCUAAUGUCGGCAACACAAGAUUCCAGUGUUCUUAAAUGACGUUUUAUUUUUGUUUGUUUUUUAAUAAUAAUUUUUGUUUUUUAAAUGUGGCCAUGGUUACAGGGUAGUCCUUUUGUCUGAAUAGGGUGCUGCAGUUGUUACAAGCAGCUAUAUCGGUAGUUAGUCAUCUCUGUCAGUACAGCCAUAGCAGCAGAAUGGUCACAUGAUGACGUCUGUUGCCUAUUAAUCACAUUUAACAACAUAUCUUGUAAUAAUAUAAGUUGUAAAACAUCGUUGAUCCAAAUGAAGAAGGAUUUAAUGAGACACAAGAUCAGUUAGAGAGAUUACAAAGCACCCUGUACACUCGUGGGAAUUGGCCUAUGUGGAUAGGGCUAAAUUCAAAUGUUUAUUUUUUAUUUUUACAGAAGAAAUAUGAAAUGCGUCACGAUGGUAGCAAUUCAAAGGGAACAGUUUAGAGAUAAUAAAAUGAUUAGACCGAAGGUGAGGACACAACAGUUCACCUGACACAAGACUGCCUUUGUUGAUAAGGACAUCUGAAAAUACUCUGGAUACAUUCAGUAACAUGAUCAGAUUAUUCCUGGGAAAUGUGGGGUAGAUACAACAUAAGACGGGAACAAUGACAAAGGGUUUGAGUGGGAGGACUAACCGGUGUCUCCAAAGUGUCCACAGUUCCUAAGUCAUUUCAAUGCACUUUUAUGACUCAAAGAAUAGUCUCCAACUAUAAGGUACUUUUUUUUUUUGCCUCUCCCCGCUGUGCCGUUGAUAAACUAGAGCAAACACACUUGUAGUUGAACACAUCCCACCAUCACACAAUUACUGUUGUUGUUUAUGUAAACCCCCCAAAAAAUGUCAAUUUAUAAAUCGCAAUCUGGGUCAGGAGGGCAUGAUUUUGAAGGCUUGUUCUAUUGCCAACGUGACUAAGCUAAGUUAUAAAAUAUGAUAUCACAGUGUUAGGGUUUUCAACAAGGCAGUUCAGGGGGAAAGGCAUCAUUUAGUUGGCGUAUAGAAAAAGAAGUCAUGAACACAUCCAGACGCGUGUUCCACGGCAGAUUGACAAAACAUAGGCCCAUUCCGUUCAGAACAACCCAGGGGUUAUGACCCCAAGUGAUCUUGUAACUGUACAUCAGACGUGGUGGUCAUAAACGUUGGCACUGUACUGUAUUAUGACAUCAGUUUUAUGGUUUGGGAAAGUGAAGUGCAUAUUUACUACUCAGGUGUUUUGGCUUGUUUGAUGUCAAAGUGGUAUUUAUUAUAAUCCUCAACGUCUCGUCUUUUCAAAAUACACAGAGUCGUCUUAAUUUCCAGCAUUUCCCUUCACUCAGACGACAACAAAUGUGCAAAAGUUGCCCAAUUAGCAAGGAGGGAUGGGGGGACAACUUGUUGUUGCGAGGUGCUCAAGUUCAGAGCGGCUGUCAGUCAAAACCCCGUGAAGCACAGAGCCAGAGCUCUGAUGUCAGGAAUAGCAUGUUACUGUACAGCCACUGCUUUCCAAUUUAGGCGCCAUUUUUCAACCCGUAUACAAGUACAAGUGUAAAGGGCUACCGGACCUGCUAUUAUGAAUUAGAAUGAUGAAUGAGAUAUUAAAUAUAUAUUUAAAUGUCUGAGUUUCAGGCCCAAAUCAGUAUAAUGUGUUAAUGUGUAUAGCAACACACCAUUCUGGAUCUCACCUGAACAGCCCAAUGAUCCCUGCCUUCUAAUAGGUUGUAAUCAGCCAAUCACCUUAUAGCUCUGAGUGGACCAGGAUAGGCCUUGUCCCCCCGGUAGUUUCUCCUCACUGGGGACCAGCGUAAAUGCGGGAACCUUACUAAGCCCGUGACAUAGAAGGAAAUUAGAACUAUCGCAGUACCUGACUUACAUCGAUAUUGGUAUUUGUGUUGGAAACAAACUGUAAAUAGAGACGGUCAUCUUUCCUACAGAAUUAUAGAGUGCAGAUAGACAGAGUCUUCAUGUCUCUUUAGAACUCUUUAGAACAUGAUUAUCUAUCGUUUUUUAAAAUUUGAUUUACAUUUUAGUUUUUAUUUCACCUUUUUAUUUAACCAGGUAGGCCAGUUGACAACAAGUUGUCAUUUACAACUGCGACCUGGCCAAGAUAAAGCAACGCAGUGCGACACAAACAACAACACAGAGUUACACAUGGAGUAAACAACUAAUAACAACUAAUAACUGAUGAAUACACACGGAGUAAACCAAAAGUACAGUCAAUAACACAAUAGAAAACAAAUAUAUAUACAGUGCGUGCAAAAGGCAAGCUAUAAUGCAUUACGUCUCAAUAACUCUAAAAAGAAUUUGGCCCAGUGACAGUGCUAAUACUACGCCAAUACAAACACGUCUGUUAUUAAGUUUCCACAGUACUAGAGAACAGAAUCAAUGAUAAUUGAGGUUUCCACAGUAUACUAAAGAUAAACUACAUAAUUGUUUUUAUUCCAAUCGUUGUCAAAUGCAGACUAUUUAUGCGUUAGUAGGUGUUCUUGGUUUUUCUCUAGACUCUACGUUGUGCAUGCGUUUGUUACAUCAUCGAAAGCCUGCCGCGCCAUUGGCCGAUCUCGCCGGGGAGAUCAAGGUGACUUUGAUGUGUCAUAUCCAAUCGAGAUUCCGUCCUCUGAGGCUCUGUUCCCAGCGUCUCUAAAGCAGUUCUUUCGUAAUGGUCAUGGGCCAAUAGGGUACACUAUUCCCUACAUAGUGCACUGCUUUGGACCAGGACCCAUAGUACUCUGGUCAAAAGUAGUGCACUAUUUUUAAAUGCUGUCCACUCUAUAGGGCAUUUGCCAUUUGAAAUGUUCAUAUGACAAAUAACUCCUCCAUGUUUUAUAAUAAUUAUCAUCAAUAUUCCUUUCUAUAUAUCUAUAGUUCUAUAUAUCUAUAUCUAUAGUUCUAUAUAUCUAUA